AUGGGUCUAGUUGGUGCCACAGCGACUGCGAUGGGUCUGAUCAUUGCCCUGACCUGUCGACCUCUCUAUCUCAUGUGGCAAAUUCGCCCAGAUCCAGGAGAGAAUUGUGUGCCACAAAAUAAAAUUUACUUUUACAGCAUCUUCGUGAUGAACGUCACCACAGAUCUUUGCAUAAUUGCCAUUCCUAUACCCGUGAUAAGUCUCGUUAGAGCCUCGAUUUGGCGCAGAAUUGGAGUGUAUUUUCUUUUCAGCUUGGGAAUUUUUAUCAUGAUUGCUGCGACAAUCCGUGUGGUUCUCAUUUUUCACCCUACAGGUGGCUUUGGCCCAGGGGCAAUGUGGUCAAUUCGUGAGGACUUCAUUGCCAUUUUCGUUGGGCAGGCCCCCAUGGUGGUGCCUCUUUUCAAACGCAGAGUAUGGGCUCAAUUCUACCACAAGUACAAGUUCACACCGAAAUCAAGUCAGGGCUCGGAUGGUAUAGAGUUGAGUGAUGGGAUUUCCAGCAACCACAAUAACGACAAGAAGAAGCCGAAAGAUCCAUACAGUCUUACACAGCUAGGGUUUACUCAUGUUACAAAUGCAACCCUUGGAACACGAAAUGAAGCAACCUUAGUUGCUAAGGAUAGCUCAGAACCUCCAGCGGUUGCGGUGGAGGAAGUUUACAUAUUAGCUCCCAUCAGAGACUUCGGGCCAGACCUAGGAGCCAUUGAAUUUGUCUCGAGAGCAGAUCGGCACAGUCUCGAGAUUACCGCUAUGUCCGAUCUUCCCAGGGACGAGACAAUAAAAUUGGUCAGCAAGAGAGAAGAGUUGUAA